AUUGCUUCCUCCUUGCAAGGUCGCCUUUUCUGACUGGUGUUCAUUAAUUCAUCGAGCAAAUUACGGAACAGGCCCUACGUGAUGAGUCUUUGCUAAAGGACUGUGAUGGAACAGUGAAGAUGUGAAGCCUCGUGAAUUAUUGGAGCUCCUUUGUGUCAGUCAGUGGUUUGGGACCAGUGACAUUCAGGGAUGUGGCCGUAGCCUUCUCUCAGCAGAAGUGGGAGAGUCUGAAUUCUGCUCACAGGGACUUAUACAGAGAUGUGAUGUUGGAGAACUGUAGUAACUUGGUCUCACUGGCACCCUGUUUCAUUUGGAGGUUCCACCGAGAUUCUAUGACCACACAAGAUUCGGAGGCUGAAGCGGAACAGCUAGGGGAGAGCUCUGAGAGACGUUCUUCGGCCCCAGCCUUCCGUUCUCAGACCUGGCUUAAAAGUAAGGUCUUACUGACUUCCGAGGAAAGGGCCCGAGUGCUCCGGGAAGCAAUGAGAGCAGUCCUUGGCCCGGAUGGAAUGCCUACCACAGACCUUCGCAGAACUGAGCAUGUUUUCCCUUCCGCACCGCCCCAGCGGGACCCUAACACGGAUAAUGUCCUUGCAGGCUCUACAAAGUACACUUCCAGCCAUCCAUAACCUAGUAAAAGAAAGCCGGAGAGAACCGCCCUCUACAGUCGAACCAUCAGACCAAGGACUCGGACCUGGAGAUUGGAUCUGGGUGCAACGUCACACCUCCCCAAAUUUAGAGGCACGCUGGGUUGGGCCCUAUUCGAUCAUCCUGUCCACCCCAUCCGCUGUGACAGUUGCUGGCCGGAGCCACAGGAUGCAUCGCUCUCAAAGUGGCACACCCCGACCACGUUCCUCUACAAUGGACUGUCAAACGGACCGAAAAUCCUUUGGAGGUCCGGCUGGUAAAAGAAUCUGCUGGGUAAUUUUGUUCUUAAUAAUUUCCCUGGCUGGAGGGACAUUUUCUGACCAUGCCCCUGUCCAGUACCGUUGGAUAGUUAGCAAAACCACUACGGGACAGGUUUUAGCAAAUUCUACCUCUUACGCUUCCCCUGCCUUGACCUUUAAUCUGUGUCUUCUGUUCCCCAUUGAGUGGAAACAACCAUGAUAUCAAGGUGCUACCGGAGUUUUGCCUUACCAGGGAACCCCAGACUGCCUAAGUUUCAAAGGAGUACAGUUUUAUGCUUGUCCCUCUGAUACGCCCCCCGGCUGUCAAGGACGAGGCCAGUUUCACUGUGCCUCAUGGGGUUGUGAAAUCAUAGCUGACUGGGUUACUGAAAAGGAUCAGUUUAUACUGUCUAUAAGAGCAGUGUCUAUGACCAAGAGCCAACGCCUAGUCACUGUCGUCAUUAAAAAUGGUUUAGAUCCCCGAUGGAAUAUGGGGAGAACAUGGGGAUUGAGACUAUACGUUUCUGGUCUUGAUCCCGGCACUGAGUUCACCAUUCAGAGGUUUAGAGUCACCCCUAGAGCGCCCAUUGGGCCCAAUCCUGUAAUUAACCCUCUCCCUGACCCUGGAAAACUGCCCCCCCCACCAGGCCUCUAGCCUGGUCAUCAGCUAAGUCUACGGCCCGUUCACCCACCACUACUGCCCUUAUGUUGACUCCUUCCCCCCAUAGGAACAAACCUGAAAUAAGAGAGACCGAUACCUUUAAAGCCUUGUACUAUACCUCUAAGUUUUUAAAUGCCACCAACCCUAACAUCACUUGGGAUUGUUGGCUAUGUUUGAAUCCUAGGCCCCCCUACUACAUAGGAAUAGGUGCUCCGGUCCCUUUGGGAACGAGGGAAGACCAAGUCAGGAAUUUGAGCCAUGGCCAGAUAGAGGGUCAUUGUACCCGGGGGCAGAACCCAAGUCUCACCUUAGGAGAUCUAGAAGGAAUGGGGACUUGUUUCUAUGCUGGAAAUUACCAGAUAAAACGGUCCAGGUAUUUGGCUUAUUGUAACAGCACCAUCUACUUGCCAGAUAAUAGUCAUGUGGGGGGUACCCUUUACUUCCUUGUACCGCCCUCUGGGACUUGGUUCGCUUGCUCCUUGGGUUUAACCCCUUGUUUAAACCUCCACCUUAUAAUCAAGAGGUCUGAUUUCUGCAUUCUAGUCCACCUCCUACCCCAGGUCUUCUACUUUUCAGGUGAAGGAGGAAAAGAACACCUAGGUUUCAUUCCGCAGUCUCGAUUUCCGAGGGAACCCAUUUCUCCUAUCCUAGUGCCCCUCUUUGUAGGACUGGGGGUUGCAGGAUCCAUUGGCGUAAGUACUGCCGCUUUCAUCACCGGGGAUCAGAACUUCAAAUUACUAAGCAAGCAAAUUGAUCAGGAUAUAUCAGAAUUAGAAAGGAAUAUUGAUAAACUGUCUGAAUCUGUAAACUCUUUAGCAGAGGUGGUACUUCAGAAUCGGAGGGGCUUGGACCUGUUAUUUUUACAACAAGGAGGGCUUUGUAUGGCCCUUGGGGAACAGUGCUGCUUUUAUGUCAAUAAUUCAGGAAUCAUCAAGCAGACCUUGAGUCAGGUCAGACAACGAUUAGAGGAAAGAGAAAGACAAAAACAAAUUAAUCCAAAUUGGUAUGAGUCUAUAUUUUCCUGGUCCCCUUGGCUAACAACUCUCCUAAGUGCCCUUGCGGGACCCCCUAUCUUUCUCUUUCUGGCUAUAACUAUAGGACCCUGUUUGAUAGAACUACUACUUCAGUUCAUAAAUCGAAAAAUAGGAUCUAUAAAGCUUAUGGUAUUAUGUAGCCCAUACGUCCCACCAGCUCAAAUGCCAGAAUAAGGUUAUUCAAAGGUUUGAAUAACUAACAAACAGGAGUGCGGAAUGUAAUAGGUCAACUUAUAUCAGAAAGCUUAUUGUAUAUAAGUUCGGCUUAAACUCACCUUUCAUGAAUAAUUGAGAUAAAAGCUUAUGUGGUUCCCUAUUAGGGUUAUCGGAAAUUACUAACCGCCCUAUCUCGCUUCUGUAACUUCGCCUGCUUGCUAAAUAGAUAACUUAGGUUGCAAAACGCUCCCCCACCCCUUCUCCCAAGAUCUGGCCUAGUCAAGACCAACGUGUAAAAAGUCAGAACUCGCUGCCCCACGGUAUCUUAGGUGUCUAAUUAUGAUUGGUCGUUUUAAAAUCUAUUAGGACAAAGAACUUUAAAUUGAUAGGUUCCCAUCAAGACUAAUGUCUGUGUGUCACAGUAUGAUUGGCUACCAUGAAAUGCUGUAAAUUGUAAUUGAUUAACUAAAUAAUGACGUACUCUGACUUGCUAAAAUCCACAUAAGCUCACUGCUACCUUCGUUCCGGGGCUGUUCUCUGCACUUUUCUCCUUAAGCUCAGGAGAUCAGGUUUAGCCCGGCCGUGAAUAAAAUCUUGCCUUCCUUCUA